AUGGAAAUGGAUUCCAUUUCCAACCAAAAUGAUGAAUUCCCAAUUCUUUCCUAUCUUCUAUCCCAAACCGAUCCCAACUCUCAACAGUUGGACCAAAACCUGUCAGCUCAAUUUCCCUAUUUGAACUACCCAAAAGUCCUGUUCUCGCUGACCCAAGCCAUCCCCUCCACCGCCACAAACACCCACUUCCUCCUCAAAUCUCUUGGUCCCCGACCCAACCCAGACGUUGUCUCCAUGGCCCGAUCCAACAUGACCCAGACGCAAGAACCGGGUCAAACGGAGAUGUACAAGGCAGUGUUGAGAUUGGAGGAGAUGCAUGAGGAGUAUGCGAGGCAGUUAAAGGAAGUGGAAGAGAGGAUUGUUGGUGUUUAUAAGGAUGUUGUAAGGGAGAUGGAGAGUGGUGAACAAGUCGAUGAGGAGGUUGUUGCUGUACUUAGAGAAGCAGAGACUGGUGGGGUUGUGGAAAGAGUGAAUCUUUCUGAGCGUCAGUUGAGGUUGAUUCCUGAAUCCGUUGGCAGACUUCAUGGCCUGCUUGUGCUCAAUCUCUCUCACAAUCUAUUAGAGGUCCUUCCCGAUUCAAUUUCAGGACUUGAGAAACUUGUGGAGCUUGAUGUGUCUUCCAAUCUUUUGGAAUUCCUGCCAGAUUCUAUUGGAUUGUUGCGCAAUCUUAAGAUUCUAAAUGUGUCAGCAAACAAGUUGAAGGCCCUCCCUGAGAGCAUUGCUCUUUGCAGUUCAAUGGUAGAGAUAGAUGCAAGCUUUAACAACUUGACGUCUUUGCCAAUGAAUAUUGGAUAUGGACUGGUGAAUCUUGUGAGGCUUUCAAUCCACCUUAAUAAGAUCCGUCUUCUUCCACCUUCUAUUUGUGAAAUGAAGUCUUUGAGAUAUUUGGAUGUUCAUUUCAAUGAGCUGCAGGGGCUGCCACGUGCAAUAGGGAGAUUGACAAAUAUAGAGGUCCUGAAUCUGAGCAGUAAUUUCAGUGACUUGGCAGAGCUUCCUGAAACAAUUGGGGAUUUAACUAACCUCAGGGAGCUCGAUCUGAGCAACAACCAAAUCCGAGCUCUUCCUGACACAUUUGGUAGGCUAGGAAAUCUAACCAAGCUCAACUUGAACGAAAAUCCAUUGUUAGUUCCACCAAAAGAGAUAGUGAAUGAGGGGGUUCAAUCUAUCAGGGAAUUUAUGGCAAAGAGGUGGCAGGAUAUAAUAGAGGAAAAGCAGAGGAACAUGGUUGAGGCUAACCAGCAACCAGCGCAGAGUGGAUGGCUGGUAUGGGGCACCUCCUUGCUGAACAACUUUGUUUCCGGGGUUUCUCAGACUGUUUCAGGUUAUGUAGGAGAAAAAUCUCCAAGAGAUCCGUAUCUGGACCAACUGCUCUGA